GAUUGACAUAACAUGUGAACUGUCAUUCAUUAUUCCCAAUAAUGGCCGAUAGUUUAUCUAAAUACUGAACAUAAAGGUGUAGCAUUCAUAUAUACAUGUAAUUUACCAUUCAAAUGUUUUAAUGUUUGUGUAAAUGUGUUAAACGGUGAGGUUUCGCGGAAUGUUUCCGCUUACACCGCCUGUAGUGAAGCGUUUGUUAGGGUGGAAAAAAGGUCCCGAAGGAUCAUCCGCGGCCGAGGACAAAUGGUCUGAGAAGGCAGUGAAAAGUUUAGUGAAAAAACUGAAAAGGAGCGGUGCCAUUGAAGAAUUGGAGAAGGCUUUGUCGAACCAAAACAGCCACACCAAGUGUGUUACGAUACCCAGAGUAAAACCAAACGACAACGUCAUCAAUGGACAAUACAGAAAGGGUUUGCCGCAUGUUGUCUACUGCAGGCUGUGGCGCUGGCCGCAGCUUCAAAGUCAGCAUGAACUAAAGCCCGUCGACCACUGCGAGUACGCAUACCAGUUGAAAAAGGACGAAGUGUGCGUCAACCCUUAUCAUUAUAAUAAAAUCGACUCUCCCGCGCUCCCUCCUAUUCUCGUGCCGAGGUGCAACGAGGGCGAAGUCCGAGCGCCUCCGCCGUACGACUACCAGCAACAUCACGAUCACGAUAGCGUGAUGCAGAGCGCGGUGGGCGUGGCGGCGGGGGGGCACAGCGCGCUGUACCUCGAGGCCACGCUGGCGCAGCAGGUGCCCGGCAACACCACCGUGCAGCUAAGUUCGUCAUCAGUUGAAACCCCACCGCCCGGCUACAUGAGCGAGGACGGCGAUCCGAUGGACCAUAACGACAACAUGAACCUGACGCGGCUCACGCCGUCGCCCGGCGCGCUGGCCAGCGAGGCGGCGCCCGUGCUGUACCACGAGCCCGCCUUCUGGUGCAGCAUCAGCUACUACGAGCUCAACACGCGCGUGGGGGAGACCUUCCACGCCUCGCAGCCCUCCAUCACCGUCGACGGGUUCACGGACCCCAGCAACAGCGAGAGAUUUUGCCUCGGCCUUCUGUCCAACGUGAAUCGUAACGAGGUCGUGGAACAGACACGCAGACAUAUCGGGAAGGGUGUGCGAUUGUAUUACAUUGGAGGAGAAGUAUUCGCGGAGUGUCUGAGCGACUCGUCGAUAUUCGUUCAAAGUCCGAACUGCAACCAGAGAUAUGGUUGGCAUCCCGCCACUGUCUGUAAAAUACCUCCAGGUUGCAACCUGAAAAUCUUCAACAAUCAAGAGUUCGCAGCCCUCCUCUCUCAGUCCGUAUCGCAAGGCUUCGAGGCGGUGUUCCAGCUGACCCGCAUGUGCACAAUACGGAUGAGCUUCGUCAAGGGUUGGGGGGCGGAAUAUAGACGGCAAACGGUGACAUCAACACCAUGCUGGAUAGAGCUGCACCUCAACGGGCCGCUGCAGUGGCUCGACCGCGUCCUCACGCAGAUGGGCUCCCCGCCGCUGCCCUGCUCCUCCAUGUCCUGAGCGCUCGCACCACCGCACCACCAACAUGCCGCCGGGUCGGCAGUCAGUCAAAAUAAUCAAAUAAGCACACAAAACUAUAACAAAAAAAAAAGUAGAUUUCGUAAGCGUAGCUCAACAAAUUGAAUACCUCGAGUCUUAGACCAUUUGAUAAAAAUUGUAUAACUUGAUUUUCACUCGACGACCUUAUUUGUAUAGCGCUAAAGCGUAUUUUUCAUUGACUAAUUUUUUAAAGCUUUGCAAUAAUAUGUUACGCAAUAGUUGUUUCGAAUUGCAUGUUAUACAUAAGUUUGUAUGUACAGACGGUCACAGAUAAUAUAAUGUAAUUGAUCAUAUUAUAUUCGUAAGUUUCGGUCCGUCUUUCAAUAUAAAAAGCCCUAAAUUAGGAUUUAUUUUUGAUGAUGAAAGUCUAAAACGUGUUUAGUACUAUGUUAUGAUAAGGAGUACUUAAAAAGUGCAAUAAGAAUUUAAAAAGGAAUGUCUACAAGAUGUUUAAAGUGUUGAAAGAUGGAAAGGAACUACGUAUGUAAUGAACCUAGUCACGUCAUUAUUUUUAAACGAGUAAUACUUUAAAAGUAUCAUUCGCACGAAUAUAAAUAUAUUUUGGAUAUACAUGAUAUAUAAAAAAUUAUAUAAGACUGUUUCAAUGAUGAAAUGUAAGCAAACCGUUUAAAGUUUAAGAGCGGAUUUUUUUUUGUCUAUAUGGCGGUUCUUGUUAGCCGUAUUACAUUUUUGAUGACGUCAUAAAAUUCGGUGGUGCUUGCCUGGGUUUGAACCCGCAAUCAUCGGUUAAGAUGCACGCGUUCUAACCACUGGGCCAUCUCGGCUCUCUCAGCGAUUUGAUGGUGAAAGGAUAUUGCAAUGCUACUGUCUGUGGGUAGUGGUGACCACUAAUCACCUUUUGGCCCAUUUGGCAGUCUUGUAAAUUCGAUAAUUUCAUUUUUUAAAGUAGUUUUUUUUUUGGUGUGCAUAAAAAUAUUUAUUCGCGACUAAUGUUUUUAAAUUAAAACUUCUUUAAGCGUGUUAAGUGUAUAGUUUUAAAGCGGAAGUCUAGGGCAUCAUACGUUUGAAUGAUAUGUUUCUGAUGCAGAAAGUAAUUUCCGUCACGAUUACCGAUUUGCACGUAACCUAAUUUUAUUUUAUCAAAAAAAAAAAAACAAUAUUCUUUAUUCAAGUAGGCUCAUAAAAGUACUUUUGUAUUGUCAUGUUACAGUGGUGGAUAAAUGUAAAUCAUCGGUUCGGGAAGUAGAUUCUACCGCGAAGAACCGGCAAGAAACUCGAUAGUUAUCAUGUGAUUCAAACAUGUCGUGGUUCGAUAUAUAUGCAACGUCUUUGUAACGUUUCAGGUUCAUGACGGUUUUGUUUCUGUGCCGUCAACUUAGUUGCACGCGUGGUUUAUCAACGACCUAUUAAAUUUUUGCGUUUUGUUUACAUUUUGCAUAUCGAUGAAUUUGAAACGAUUUUUGUGAACGCCUGUACAUUGCAUAUAAUCUAUUUUUCAGAAAGAAAUUUAUCAAUGUUUUUCUUUUAUUAUAUUUGAUUCAAUGAUUUGUUGUUAGUAAAUUGUUUGAAUAAUUUUGCCAUUCAGAUGCAUUUAAUGUUAAUGAAAUUAUAAUCAUUUUAAACUUGGUGUUUUUUAUGCCCUUUAUAUGUACAGUUAUUUCUUUUAGAAGUAUAAUUUUAAGCAAUU